AUGUCACCGGUAUUAUGGAUUCCCAUUUCUAAUUAUAUGUUCAAUGCUGCUGGCGGUACUAAGGAUUCUUAUCAAGUGUGGAGGCCAGGGAAAGUACGCAUUGUUAAUGGCUACAGUAUCCCGAUUGAUCAAGCCCCAUAUAUAGUACAAUUGAGGAAUAACACAAACCAACAUUUCUGCAGCGGGACGUUGGUGACCCCGAAACAUAUAGUAACUGCUGCCCAUUGCUUUGAUGAACAAAGUACCAAGGGGAUAAAAGUAGUUGCUGGGGCCAAUAUUGUCAAGGAAAUAGGAAUACAAAGGCGAGUGAUAAAGGUCAACAUACAUCCCGAAUAUGACUCCACAACAUAUGAUAUGGAUGCUGCGGUGUUAGAAUUAAAUGAGCAAUUUUAUGAAGAUGAAGGGGUCCAUCCAAUUCCCUUGUGUUCUUCGGCAUUAAAACCGGGUGAUGUAGUACAAGUUUCGGGUUGGGAUACCACCACUCGAGAUUAUAAAUUUGCCUUGGAUAGUUUACAUACGGUACUUCUAAAAGUUAUAUCGGAAGCUGAUUGCACCUAUAGGUUGGCUCAUGAUCCCUAUGGACUUGAUAAAUCUAUGUUUUGUGCCUUAACGGAGGAAGAAGAUGUUUGUAGUGGUGACUCGGGUGGACCGGCUGUAAAAGAUGGAGAGCUGUGUGGUAUUAUUUCAUGGGGUCACGGCUGUGCUGAGGAUUAUGCUGCUGGGGUGUUUAUCAAUAUUAAUAUGGUUCGUGGUUUAAUUGAGCAGAAUUUGAAAAUGUAA